AUAAUAAUGUUAUAGAUAAACCAUUAGCUACUUUCGGUAGUGGGCUGUAUGUGGCUAUGUCGCUCUCCAUGAUGCUGGACUGUUGUAGAUUACGAUCGGAUGCACACUCCAUCUAGAUUUGAUCAAAUCAUUAGUUCAUACUCUAAUUGGUGAAAUAAACAUUUGUGCCAAACAUAAGUAAUACAAAUGAGUCAUGCGGAAUGAUUUUUCUCCUAUUUAAAUUCAAUUAAAUACUGUAGCUGUUCCACAAUGAAACUUAUGACUCACACAGGGAGGAUUAUCUCAUAUAAAAUGCUGCCCUCUAGUGUUACAGAGCAGUCAAAGCAUGCCCUCUCGUGGUUGGUGGUUAUCGGUUGACGUGCCUAUGAAACAGCCAAUCGAGAAGCAGAGCACCGUAACGUGAUCUAUUGUAUAGUUACACAUUUCCUGUUUUCCUUAGCGAGCAGAUCUGUCAAUAAAACGCUGACUAUUCAGGAGGCAGCUUCAUUCCUAGAUGACCUAUGCUGGACCAGAGCCAAGAGGACUGACCCAGUCUCCAGAGGUUGUCCUGACUGACCCAGUCUCCAGAGGUUGUCCUGACUGACCCAGUCUCCAGAGGUUGUCCUGACUGACCCAGUCUCCAGAGGUUGUCCUGACUGACCCAGUCUCCAGAGGUUGUCCUGACUGACCCAGUCUCCAGAGGUUGUCCUAACUGAACACAGACCACACAAGCGAAGGAGAUGACCCAUCAAGGCCUAUUCCCAUAUCAGCACUGGCACAAGCAAGGCUGUAGUCCAGUCAUACCAUUUUAACUCUCUCCUGUCUCUGGUGUGAGCUGACGCAUGUCGCGGAUCAGGAGCACGCUCAACACUGUUACUAAAGCAGUAAGUGGCAGCGACCUCCUCUCCAAGAUCUCCCGCCUUAAGCCCAGUGCCACAGCCGCCCAUGCAGAGAAGGUACUGGCCGAAGCGAAGCCUCUGACUCCAUCUCCAACCCCGGCAGCUAGUGACCCUUCAGCUGCUGCAAUAGACAUGAAGCCACCAGAGCAGGAUCAGACAGUAGGACAGGACCAGAACAAUGGAGAGGAGGGGAAGGAGAAUCAGCCACUUCAGCCUUUAGAGAAACCCUUCAUGGCCAACGUCAAGCCCAAACAGAGCCUCGCUGCGUCAGUGGCUAACUCCGCCGCAUCAGUGGCUAUAUCCACCGCUAGCUCCUCCUCAAGUUUAGAGAAACACUUCAUGGCCAACGUCAAGCCCAAACAGAGCCUCGCUGCGUCAGUGGCUAACUCCGCCGCAUCAGUGGCUAUAUCCACCGCUAGCUCCUCGUCAGCCAUUGCCAAGCAGACGUUACAGCUGUUCCAACCAGAGGCCCUGUCCACCAAUAUGGACGAGACAUACAGCACCCUGUCUCAACACGUCAACGACUACUUUGGGAGUUGUAGUAGUCUAUCAACAGGAGAUGACAAGAAGCCUCACCAUCUAAAUGACAAUGCUCAAGCAUCCACGUCCUCCAAGCCUGCUCUCAGUCUACGCUAUCAGAGUACUAAGAGCGGGGACCACAUCCCCGUUUCAGUACCUGUGGCAGCUGAGACCAAGGCUAUCCAGGGCAAGGCAGCUACCCCACAACCGACUCCUCCCCUGGAGGAGGUUAGCCCAACCUCGGGUGUUCCCACCCGAGAGAGCCCUGCCACAGAGAGUACUUCCUCUGACCCAGUCACCUAUACCUCCACCCCUACCCCCACCCUAACACCCUCUAAAAAAGGUGGGUUUGGGCAGUAUCUGUCUGACCCUCGUCCCAAUGUUCAGGCAUUCUUUGGCAGCUAUAUAGCACCCUUGGUACCUAGUAAGUUCAGAGCUGACCUUAAGAGUGUCACAGCAGCAGUUGAAGAGAAGACCACGGAGGAGGCUGUGAGGAAGCCUGGAGAGAAGAUGGAGACUGAGGAGCAGAAGAAGAAUGCUAAAGAGGGGGCCAAGAAACUACUGCUGAGCCAGAGAGAGAAGAUCAUAGCCCGGGUGAGUAUGGACAACAGGACCAGAGCCUUGGUGCAGGGCAUCCAGAAAGCCACAGACAUGAAUAUCCACACCAGCCGUGUGGAGGAGCUUAGCCUGCAUCUUCUGGAGUACCCUGAGACACGCGGUGUGGCCGUCAAGGAGAGGGUGAUCCCGUGCCUGUUGCGUCUGAGGCAGACCAGAGACCCCCGGCUCCAGGCUGCAGUGAGAGAGGCCCUGGCCCUGGUGGGAUACACAGACCCUGUGAAGGGCCAGGGUAUACGGAUCCUGGCCAUCGAUGGAGGGGGGACCAGGGGACUGGUAGCCCUGCAGACCCUACACAAACUGCAGACACUGACGGGCAAACCCAUCUACCAGCUGUUUGACUACAUCUGUGGGGUCAGCACAGGUGCCAUCCUGGCCUUCAUGUUGGGGGUGUUCCAGAUUCCUCUGGAUGAUUGUGAGGAACUCUACAGGAAGCUGGGUUCUGAUGUGUUCAAACAGAACGUCAUCGUGGGAACCGUCAAGAUGGGCUGGAGCCACGCCUUUUACGACAGCCAGAUCUGGGAGAACAUCCUCAAGGAGAGAAUGGGAGAAGGCCUCAUGGUGGAGACAGCCCGGGAUCCAAAAUGCCCAAAGGUGUCAGCAGUGAGCACCAUAGUGAACAGGGGUCUGCCUCUGAAGGCCUAUGUGUUCAGGAACUACAGCAUGCUACCAGGGGUCAGGUCCCACUACAUAGGAGACUGUAAACACAAGAUGUGGCAGGCCAUCAGAGCCUCCUCCGCCGCCCCAGGGUACUUCCAGGAGUAUACACUGGGAAAAGACCUGCACCAGGAUGGUGGUCUCCUCAUCAACAACCCCACGGCGUUGGCCAUCCAUGAGUGUAAGCUGCUGUGGCCCAACACCCCAGUGCAGUGUGUUGUCUCCCUGGGUACGGGUCGCUAUGAGACCGUCAACAAGAACAACACCACCUCCACCAGUCUCAAAGCCAAGAUCACCAACGUCAUCAGCAGUGCCACCGACACAGAGGAGGUCCACAUCAUGCUGGACGCCCUCCUUCCACCCAACACCUACUUCCGUUUCAACCCCUACAUGAGCGAGGACAUCCCAUUGGACGAGAGCCGCCCGGAGAGGCUGACCUUCCUGCAGGAGGAAGGAACUCGCUACCUGGAGAGGAACGAAGCCAAACUGAACAAGGCAGCGUCGGUGCUGGCUCUGGAGAAGAGCGCCAUCCAGAGGCUGGCUGAAUGGUGCAAACUGAAGGCCGACAUGUACGAGGGCUUACCCUUCAUCUCCAAACUGUAGGGGACGUCUAGGGGUGAAAGGUCAGACAGGCUGAGAGACACUCAUUUAGACUGAUUAUGAAGAUAAUAUAGGAGCCGUAAAGGUCUGACAUGUACGAGGGCCCUUCAUCUCCAAACUGUAGGGGACGUCUAGAGGUGAAAGGUCAGACAGGCUGAGAGACACUCAUUUAGACUGAUUAUGAAGAUAAUAUAGGAGCCGUAAAGGUCUGACAUGUACGAGGGCCCUUCAUCUCCAAACUGUAGGAAGAGACCUGCAGAGGUUAAAGUUCAAAAGACACGGCAGGCGGUAGCUGCUGAGAAACUAAUUUAGACUUGAAAAUAAACAUCAUGUGCUUUGAUAUGACUCCAUCAGUGGAGGCUGGUGGAAGAAUCUAUAGGAGGAAAGGUUCAUUGUAAUGGUCGGAAUGGAAUAAAUGGAACUGAGUCAAACGUGGUUUCCAUGUGUUUGAUGUGUUUGAUACCGUUCCAUUGAUUCCAUUCCAGCCAUUACAAUGAGCCCAUCCUCCUACAGCUCCUCCAACCAGCCUCCUCUGGACUCCAUAUCUUUCUUGAUGCAGAUCAUGUGAUAUGACUGCAGAUCAUGUGAUAUGACUGCAGAUCAUGUGAUAUGACUGCAGAUCAUGUGAUAUGACUGCGGUCCAUUUGAAUUUCUGCUGCUCAGGCAGGAUGUUGUUGCCUUUGACCUGUGAGAGGUGGUACAGAAGGAUGUGUUGUAGUGUUUCUGAAAGGGGUUUGGCUGGUUGGGCUGAAGGAAUCAACCUUUUGACUAGUCCUAAAUAAAGUGCCACUGUGAUGAGAGCACAUAGGCCGUGUUCACACAGGCAGGCCGUGUUCACGCAGGCAGGCCGUGUUCACGCAGGCAGGCCGUGUUCACGCAGGCAGGCCGUGUUCACGCAGGCAGGCCGUGUUUACGCAGGCAGGCCGUGUUUACGCAGGCAGGCCGUGUUUACGCAGGCAGGCAGGCCGUGUUUACACAGGCAGGCCAAUUCUAAUAUUUUGCCCCCCUAAAAAUCUGAUAUUUUGCCAAUAAUUGGGCUAAAUACCUGAAUUGGGCUGCCUGUGUAAACAGCCAUAAUGGUGUGAAUGGUAGACAGGUGUAGCCAUAAUGGUGUGAAUGGUAGACAGGCGUAGCCAUAAUGGUGUGAAUGGUAGACAGGCGCAGCCAUAAUGGUGUGAAUGGUAGACAGGCGUAGCCAUAAUGGUGUGAAUGGUAGACAGGCGUAGCCAUAAUGGUGUGAAUGGUAGACAGGCGUAGCCAUAAUGGUGUGAAUGGUAGACAGGCGUAGCCAUAAUGGUGUGAAUGGUAGACAGGCGUAGCCAUAAUGGUGUGAAUGGUAGACAGGCGUAGCCAUAAUGGUGUGAAUGGUAGACAGGCGUAGCCAUAAUGGUGUGAAUGGUAGACAGGCGUAGCCAUAAUGGUGUGAAUGGUAGACAGGCGUAGCCAUAAUGGUGUGAAUGGUAGACAGGCGUAGCCAUAAUGGUGUGAAUGGUAGACAGGCGUAGCCAUAAUGGUGUGAAUGGUAGACAGGCGUAGCCAUAAUGGUGUGAAUGGUAAACAGGCGUAGCCAUAAUGGUGUGAAUGGUAAACAGGCAUAGCCAUUUACUGUUUUGAUUUAAGAGUGCAGGUUUUGCAGGGAAGCUGUUUUUGACAACGACCUACUUAACAUGUACUGGUAUGUCAGAGAUUCAGGGUCUGUUAUUAGCAACUCAUUCUAAUGUAAUUACUGUAAAUAUGAAUGUUGUAACUGACAUUGGUGUCAUCUCAUUUAAAUGCUUCAAACUUGAACUAGGCAAGUAAAGUAGAAUGGUAUCAAACAUGUCAUUAUGCCUUUUUUCACAGACUAAUGAAAUCAUGCACUUUGUAAAUGGUCACAUUGUUCUGAUCUUAAGAGCUCUGUAAGGGAUCAAAUGUAAAUGGUUGGAUGGGUGGUUUUGAAUAAUAUUGAGAGUUCAUGGUAUUAGCUUUAUAAUGAAGUUGAACCACCUAAUUCCUUUCUCCUGCAGCGGCCCUGUAGGUGGAGGGUGUAGAAUGAAAAUGUGUUGUUGAAACCG